UGAUCAUGGCCCGGGAUCGAACCAGGGUCUGUAGUGACGCCUCUAGCACUGAGAUGCAGUGCCUUCGACCGCUACGCCAAUCUGGAGCCUACAUGCGCCGAAUACAACAGGUGUAGGUAGACCUUACCGUGAAAUGCUUACUUACAAGCCCUUAACCAACCAUGCAGUUCAAGAAAGAGUUAAGAAAAUAUUUACUAAAUAAACAAAAGUAAAAAAGAAACUAAAAUUAAAAGUAACACAAUAAAUAACAAUAACGAGGCUAUAUACAGGAGGUACCAGUACUGAGUCGAUGUGCGCGGGUACAGGUUAGUCGGUAAUUUGUUCAUGUAUGUAAGGGUAAAGUGACUAUGCAUAGUUUAAAUUUUUUAUUUAUUUCACCUUUAUUUAACCAGGUAGGCAAGUUGAGAACAAGUUCUCAUUUACAAUUGCGACCUGGCCAAGAUAAAGCAAAGCGGUUCGACACACAACGACACAGAGUUACACAUGGAGUAAAACAAACAUACAGUCAAUAAUACAGUAUAAACAAGUCUAUAUACGAUGUGAGCAAAUGAGGUGAGAUAAGGGAGGUAAAGGCAAAAAAAAGGCCAUGGUGGCAAAGUAAAUACAAUAUAGCAAGUAAAACACUGGAAUGGUAGAUUUGCAAUGGAAGAAUGUGCAAAGUAGAAAUAAAAAUAAUGGGGUGCAAAGGAGCAAAAUAAAUAAAGUAAUUAAAUACAGUAGGGAAAGAGGUAGUUGUUGGGCUAUGUACAGAUGCAGUAAUCUGUGAGCUGCUCUGACAGUUGGUUCUUAAAGCUAGUGAGGGAGAUAAGUGAUUCCAGUUUCAGAGAUUUUUGUUGUUCGUUCCAGUCAUUGGCAGCAGAGAACUGGAAGGAGAGGCGGCCAAAGAAAGAAUUGGUUUUGGGGGUGACUAGAGAGAUAUACUUGCUGGAGUGUGUGCUACAGGUGGGAGAUGCUAUGGUGACCAGCGAGCUGAGAUAAGGGGGGACUUUACCUAAUAGGGUAUUGUAGAUGACAUGGAGCCAGUGGGUUUGGCGACGAGUAUGAAGCGAGGGCCAGCCAACGAGAGUGUACAGGUUAGUAUAUGGGGCUUUGGUGACAAAACUGAUUGCACUGUGAUAGACUGCAUCCAAUUUGUUGAGUAGGGUAUUGGAGGCUAUUUUGUAAAUGACAUCGCCAAAGUCGAGGAUUAGUAGGAUGGUCAGUUUUACAAGGGUAUGUUUGGCAGCAUGAGUGAAGGAUGCUUUGUUGCGAAAUAGGAAGCCAAUUCUAGAUUUGACUUUGGAUUGGAGAUGUUUGAUAUGGGUCUGGAAGGAGAGUUUACAGUCUAACCAGACACCUAAGUAUUUGUAGUUGUCCACGUAUUCUAAGUCAGAGCCGUCCAGAGUAGUGAUGUUGGACAGGCGGGCAGGUGCAGGUAGCGAUCGGUUGAAGAGCAUGCAUUUAGUUUUAGUUAUAUUUAAGAGCAAUUGGAGGCCACGGAAGGAGAGUUGUAUGGCAUUGAAGCUUGCCUGGAGGGUUGUUAACACAGUGUCCAAAGAAGGGCCAGAAGUAUACAGAAUGGUGUCGUCUGCGUAGAGGUGGAUCAGAGACUCACCAGCAGCAAGAGCGACCUCAUUGAUGUAUACAGAGAAGAGAGUCGGUCCAAGAAUUGAACCCUGUGGCACCCCCAUAGAGACUGCCAGAGGUCCGGACAGCAGACCCUCCGAUUUGACACACAACUCUAUCAGAGGAGUAGUUGGUGAACCAGGCGAGGCAAUCAUUUGAGAAACCAAGGCUGUUGAGUCUGCCGAUGAGGAUGUGGUGAUUGACAGAGUCGAAAGCCUUGGCCAGAUCAAUGAAUACGGCUGCACUAUAAUGUUUCUUAUCGAUGGCGGUUAAGAUAUCAUUUAGGACCUUGAGCGUGGCUGAGGUGCACCCAUGACCAGCUCUGAAACCAGAUUGCAUAGCAGAGAAGGUAUGGUGAGAUUCGAAAUGGUCGGUAAUCUGUUUGUUGACUUGGCUUUCGACGACCUUAGAAAGGCAUGGUAGGAUAGAUAUAGGUCUGUAGCAGUUUGGGUCAAGAGUGUCCCCCCCUUUGAAGAGGGGGAUGACCGCAGCUGCUUUCCAAUCUUUGGGGAUCUCAGACGAUACAAAAGAGAGGUUGAACAGGUUAGUAAUAGGGGUGGCAACAAUUUCGGCAGAUAAUUUUAGAAAGUAAGGGUCCAGAUUGUCUAGCCCGGCUGAUUUGUAGGGGUCCAGAUUUUGCAGCUCUUUCAGAACAUCAGCUUAAUGGAUUUGGGAGAAGGAGAAAUGGGGAAGGCUUGGGCGAGUUGCUGUGGGGGGUGCAGUGCUGUUGACCGGGGUAGGAGUAGCCAGGUGGAAAGCAUGGCCAGCCGUAGAAAAAUGCCUAUUGAAAUUCUCAAUUAUGGUGGAUUUAUCAGUGGUGACAGUGUUUCCUAUCUUCAGUGCAGUGGGCAGCUGGGAGGAGGUGUUCUUAUUGUCCAUGGACUUUACAAUGUCCCAGAACUUUUUUGAGUUAGUGUUGCAGGAAGCAAAUUUCUGCUUGAAAAGGCUAGCCUUAGCUUUUCUAACUGCCUGUGUAUAAUGGUUUCUAGCUUCCCUGAACAGCUGCAUAUCACGGGGGCUGUUCGAUGCUAAUGCAGAACGCCAUAUUAUGUUGUUGUGUUGGUUAAGGGCAGUCAGGUCUGGGGAGAACCAAGGGCUAUAUCUGUUCCUGGUUCUAAAUUUCUUGAAUGGGGCAUGUUUAUUUAAGAUGGUUAGGAAGGCAUUUAAAAAAAAUAUCCAGGCAUCCUCUACUGAUGGGAUGGGAUCAAUAUCCUUCCAGGAUACCCCGGCCAGGUCGAUUAGAAAGGCCUGCUCGCUGAAGUGUUUCAGGGAGCGUUUGACAGUGAUGAGUGGGGGUCGUUUGACCGCUGACCCAUUACGGAUGCAGGCAAUGAGGCAGUGAUCGCUGAGAUCUUGGUUGAAGACAGCAGAGGUGUAUUUAGAGGGCAAGUUGGUUAGGAUGAUAUCUAUGAGGGUGCCCGUGUUUAAGGCUUUGGGGAGGUACCUGGUAGGUUCAUUGAUAAUUUGUGUGAGAUUGAGGGCAUCUAGUUUAGAUUGUAGGAUGGCUGGGGUGUUAAGCAUGUUCCAGUUUAGGUCGCCUAGCAGCACGAGCUCUGAAGAUAGAUGGGGGGCAAUCAGUUCACAUAUGGUGUCUAGAGCACAGCUGGGGGCAGAGGGUGGUCUAUAGCAGGCGGCAACGGUGAGAGACUUGUUUUUAGAGAGGUGGAUUUUUAAAAGUAGAAGUUCAAAUUGUUUGGGUACAAACCUGGAUAGUAGGACAGAACUCUGCAGGCUAUCUUUGCAGUAGAUUGCAACACCGCCCCCUUUGGCAGUUCUACCUUGUCUGAAAAUGUUGUAGUUUGGGAUUAAAAUUUCAGAAUUUUUGGUGUUCUUCCUAAGCCAGGAUUCAGACACAGCUAGAACAUCCGGGUUGGCAGAGUGUGCUAAAGCAGUGAAUAGAACAAACUUAUGGAGGAGGCUUCUAAUAUUAACAUGCAUGAAACCAAGGCUAUUACGGUUACAGAAGUCGUCAAAAGAGAGCGCCUGGGGAAUAGGAGUGGAGCUAGGCACUGCAGGGCCUGGAUUCACCUCUACAUCGCCAGAGGAACAGAGGAGGAGUAGAAUAAGGGUGCGGCUGAAAGCAAUAAGAAUUGGUCGUCUAGAACGUCUGGAACAGAGAGUAAAAGUAGGUUUCUGGGGGCGAUAAAAUAGCAUCAAGGUAUAAUGUACAGACAAAGGUAUGGUAGGAUGUGAAUACAGUGGAGGUAAACCUAGGUAUUUAGUGAUGAAGAGAGAGAUAUUGUCUCUAGAAACAUCAUUGAAACCAGGAGAUGUCAUUGCAUGUGUGGGUGGUGGAACUAAUAGGUUGGAUAAGGUAUAGUGAGCAGGACUAGAGGCUCUACAGUAAAAUAAGCCAAUAAACACUAACCAGAACAGCAAUGGACAAAGCAUAUUGACACUAAGUAGAGGCAUGCUUAGUCGAGUGAUCAAAAGGGUCCAGUGAGUAGAGAGGUUGGUUGGGGGUCAAGGCGAUUUAGACAGCUAGCCAGGCCAUCGGUAGCAAGCUAGCAUAGGAUGGAGGUCUGUUAUUAGCCACCUCUUGUGUUCCGUCAGUAGAUUAGUGGGGUUCCGUGUGGUAGAGGGGAUAAAUCCAAAUCACACAACAACAACAAAAACAAUAGAUAUAGUUAUAGAGGCCCAAGAAGAAAAAAAAUAAGAAAAAAAAUAUUGUCUAUUCAGAUAGCAGCCGAUAAGACAGCUAACGGUUAGCGUGCCGCAGAUGGGCGUUCAGGUAACGUCGCGACGGAGGAGCCAGCCGGAUAACUCCUUCGGGUAGAUAACGUCAGCAGUCCAGUUGUGAAGGCCCGGUGGGGCUCCGCGUAGGCAGUAAAACGGGUCCGGAUAGGUGAUUGUAGCCCAGGAGUGAUUGAUAGAACUCUUCAGCUGGCUAGCUCCGGAAUAAUUGAUGUUUGCUCCGGAAUCGACGAAAGCCGAUAGUCACACGGAUAGCAGCUAGCUAGCUGUGAGAUCCAGGUAUGAAUGUCCAGAGUUAGCGGUUGAAAUCCAGGGACAUGGAGAGAAAAAUUGGUCCGGUAUGUUCCGUUCCGAGCCGCGCCGAAAAAAAUGGCGAUAGAUUUUCGAGCUAAAGGAUAGCUGAUGACCACAAACCAUGGUUAGCUGAAUACUAACGAUUAGCCAGUAAAGAAGCUAACUAGCUUCUGAUUAGCUUCUAAUUAGCUUCUGGAUUAGCUUCUGGCUAGCCUCAGGCUAGCUUCUUGGAGGAUUACAGAUUUGAGGUAAAUAAUACUUUUUUUAUAAAUAUAAAUUGGUGAGGCGGGUUGCAGGAGAGUGUUUUGAAGAUGAGUUUAUGGAAAAUUAAAAAAUAUAUAUAGAAAGGUAUGUGAAAAAAGUUGUAAAUAUAUAUAUAUAUACGGGACACGACAAGAUGAGGACAAAAGACGUCUGAACUGCUAUGCCAUCUUGGAAAUUUUUAGCUAAUUAAUUAAGUUUUAGUUAGUUUUAAUAAACAGCGAGUAGGAGCAGUGUAAAAACAAAGGGGGGGGGUGUCCAUUUGAUGAGUUAUUCGGCAGUCUUAUGGCUUGGAGGUAGAAGCUGUUAAGGAGCCUUUUGGACCUAGACUUGGCACUCCGGUACCGCUUCCUUUGCGGUUGCAGAGAGAACAUUCUAUGACUUGGGUGACUGGAGUCUUUGACAUUUCUUUUGGGCCUUCCUCUGACGUUGCCUAAUAUAUAUGUCCUGGAUGGCAGGAAGCUUGGCCCCAGUGAUGUACUGGGCUGUACGCACUACCCUCUGUUGUGCCUUACUAUUAUGGUCGCCAUUUUGGAAUUGAUCUCAGGGAGUUCAAUGUCCAAUGCAGCUAUUUUUAUCUCAAAUAAUUUAUGGGUAACAAUUAAGUACCCUUACAGUGAUUUGUUUUCAAUUUAAAUGGUAAAAAAAGAAACUCAAAGAACCAUUUCUCAAGCAAUAAUUUUUCUAGAACUGUCUGGGAGUGGUCUGAGUCUGGAGGGGGAAAACUACAAACUAACUGUUAUUGGCAUCUACUUACCCUAGAUUAACUCGUGGAUACCAUUUGUAUGUCUCUGCGUGCAGUUUGAAGGAAGUUUCUAACUAGAGUUAGCGCAAUGACUAGAAGUCUAUGAUAACUGCUAGCAUGCUACAGUAGUAGAUACCAUAGACAUCCAGUCAUUGCUCUAAUGCUAGUUAGCAUUGGUUUGCGAAACUACCUCUAACUUCCUUCAUACUGGAUGCAGAGACAUGGUAUCUAUGAUUUCAUCUGACUCAGGGCAAGUAGAUAAAUGGCUUAUUUGCCAAAAUCUUGAAGUAUCCCUGUAACUAAUUCAGAGUGGCUGUGGAUCCAACUGUCGGCAAGUGAAGUCAGGGGAUAUGAAUCUGUGACAGCCGAAAGUCGGACACUAUAGUGGUUUUUCAACAGCAAGGCUCAGAUCAACAUUGUUUAUAUAAGUUUUUCUUUAUAAAUGUCCAAAUACACUUUUCUAUACCCCCAUAUCACAAACUGAAAACCUAACGUGUACAAUUAAUUGGUUAGAGAGGUCUGAAAUAUCACUUUCAUUUGUAUCCCCUGUAGCUUUAGUAUCGAGGAAAAGUUGGUUCCUGUUUCAGUCACAUCUUUGGACACGUUCUCGUGGGUCAAACAAAAACACCCCAAAUGAUUGGUUGAUAAAUUGUGCCCCCCACAAUGCAAGUGAUGGCUGCAUGGUGCAGUUGGCGAGAAGACACUGCAGCGACUUGAAUCUGACUUCAUCAAAAACGGCAUGACUUUUGAUCACAUGAUUUUUGUGUAGUUCAUGCAGUCGACAUGUAGUGGCAACUUUUUUUUUAUACCCAUAACGCAACACACUUUGAAAGGCGGAGACCAACGUUGGUCAACGUCUUGACAAAAGUGAUCCGCUCUAACGCGCCCCUGUGCGGAGAACAGGCUACUAGGGGAAAGUUAGAUCAAGCUCACUCAAUGUCUGCAAGAUCAUAUAACAGAACCGAAAUGUAAUGGCACAAUGUAAUGUUACUGCAAGACAAAAACACAAUUUGUUUUUCUCAUGAGGCCAAAACUCAACCAUGUGCAUCUCUAGACAAAAUAUACAGAUAGGCUAUGCUACAGUUUAACAACGUGUUCUCUAAAAUUUGCUCAGUGUACAUCAUUCAAAACAACACUAUAUAACUCAAGGUCAAAAUUCAAAUCCCCAUUAUACUGAUUGAGAUCUGAUGGUUGGUUACUAUGGGUAAAACUUGAAGAAUUAUCAUUCACAAUUAAAUGCUGUGGUGUUUUUGUCUUACGGUAACGUUGUGCUAUUAUAUUUGGUUCUGUUAUGUAGAAUAUUGUGAGAUCUUGCAGACAUUGAUUCAGCUUGAUCUAACUUUAAUAAACAAGCACCAUUCGCCUGAGUAGCCUGUUCUUUGCGUGUAGAGAAUUUAUUAGGUACAGCACCCUGUUCACGAAAAUGGUUUGCUCCUACAGAAAGUGAGUCUUGUGGUCGUGGCUUGCUAUAUAUAGCGAGCAUCAAGGCAGUCAGUUACUGUUCGAUUGAGUGUUAGAAUGGGCAAAACAAGUGAUCUAAGUGAUUUUGAGCGUGGUAUGAACGUCGGUGCCAGGCGCGCCAGUCCCAGUAUAUCAGGAACUGGGCUUUUCAUGCACGACAGUGUCUGGGGUUUACAGAGAAUGGUGCGACAAACAUCCAGUCAGUGGUGGUCCUGUGGACGAAAACAGCUUGUUGAUGAGAGGUCGUAGGACAAUGGCAAGAAUCGUGCAAGCUAACAGGCGGACCACAAACACGCAAAUAACGGCGCAGUACAAUGGUGGUGUGCAGAACCCAUAUCUCGUCAGCCCUUGUCAUGAAUGGACUAUUGUAGCAGACAACCACACCGGGUUCGACUCCUAUCAGCUAAAAAACAAGAAGCGGCUCCAGUGGGCACGCAGUCACCAAUACCUGAUAAUUGAGGAGUGGAAAAACAUUGCCUUGUUUGACUAAUCCCGUUUCCUGUUGCAUCAUGUUGUCAGAGUCAGGAUUUGGCGUCAGCAGCAAGAGUGGGGAAUGUUUUCCUGGCACACGUUAGGUCCCUUGAUACCAAUUGAGCAAUGCUUCAUUGCCCGGAGAAUUCAAGCUGUUCUGGAGGCAAAGGUGGUUCUGGCCUGGUACUAGUGUACCUAAUAAACUGGCUACUUAGUGUGCACAUACGCAGCACGUGAUCUGCACAUGAACAGAGUCUUCGGGAAGCUCUGGAUGUUUUAGUCGGCAGACUAAAGAAAAUACACAUCACAACGAGACACCAAAACAUUUCAUAAAGAGAGACCUAAGACCGCAACAUAGCAUGACAGCAACACAUGAAAACACAGCAUAGUAGAAACACAUGGCAACAUGGAAAUAACACAACAUGGCAGCAACACAACUUCGUGCUACAAACAUUAUUGGUGUGAUGUCCCCAGGCAGGCCAAAGCUCCAUCCCUUCAAAACAGGCUGACAUUCCACUCCACUAAAAUUCCAUUCCAUUACACUAAAAGGGCAUUUUCAUAAUUUUUACAAUUUCACAGUAUUAUUCCGACCGUGUUUGUGUGUAUGUGUAUAUAUAUUAAUAUAUCACAGGAAUUUUUUAUAUUUUUUAUUGCAUAUCCAAUGAUUUGUUCCUCACAAUUUUUAUAGGUUUCUCAGAUACAUUUUAAAGGGGGAUUUCACAGGUUUGAAGAACCUCAAUUGAUUGACAUAAAAUUCAUUAGACUUUUUUUCAGACAAUCUGGUGACUCAAAAUGAGACAUUUUGUGCAUGAUCCCUCUUUAAACAGUGUCUGCGAGUGCAUGCAAAAUGUCUCUGUGUGAAGCUGAUCACUGCUUUUUGUCUGGGUCUCACUUACUGUCACUGCUGUCUUACUUCAUCUCACCUCUCCCUCUCUCCUCAUUGGAUGGGACUUCGCUGGGGUCUGCCAAUCACAUUAGGAGCUUGAUGAGUUGGCUGAUGACCGCAUGGCCUUGGUCUCAGGGAUCAGUCUGGACCCAGAAGCUGCCGUCGGAGUCACCAAGAGACUGCCGCCCAAGUGGGUAGAUGGGGUCGUUGAGAUUCAGUAUGAAAUCACACGGGUCCGGCAGAAAAUGAAGGAGCUGGCCGCCCUCCAUGACAAGCACAUGAACCGCCCUACCCUCGAUGACAGCAGCGAAGAGGAGCAUGCCAUAGAGAUCACCACUCAGGAGAUCACACAGAUGUUCCACCGGUGUCAGCGUGCAGUGACAGGUCUGCAGACUCGCUGUGGCCACUGCACAGAGCAGGAGGAGAGGCUGCUGAGAAAUGUGGUGUCCUCAUUGGCAGGGAGCUUGCAAGAGCUGUCCACCAACUUCAGACACACGCAGUCCAGCUAUCUGAAACGCAUGAAGAAUCGUGAGGAGAGAUCCAAACACUUUUUUGACUCUGGUCCUCUAAUGGAGGAGGAUGAAGACCUGGCACUAUAUGAAAUGGGGUUUACAGAUGACCAGCUGGUCCUGGUAGAGCAGAACACAGUGAUGGUGGAGGAACGUGAGAGAGAGGUCCGACAGAUAGUCCAGUCCAUCACCGACCUGAAUGAGAUUUUCCGAGACCUGGCAGGAAUGGUGGUGGAACAGGGCACAGUACUUGACAGAAUUGACUUCAAUGUGGAGCAAUCAUGUGUCAAAACAGACGAGGGGUUAAAACAGUUACAAAAGGCUGAACAGUAUCAGAAGAAAAACCGAAAGAUGCUGGUUAUUUUAAUUCUUACUGUUAUAGUAGUUGUUCUAAUACUUAUUCUAUUUGGGACCAAGUUCUAGUGAUGCAUUCCUUUGCUUUUGGUAUGUCUGUGUGUUUAUGUUUUGUGUGCAUCUCUGUGUGCUUGUGUGAGGAGUGUCUGUCAGUAUCGUUUAAAGUACAAUCUGUCCAACUUUCCAAUCACACUUCCCGAAUCUCUCUCUGUAUGGCUCAUGAAGAUGUAUUGAAUGCAUGAUCCCUAAGAGAGGACAGCUAGGGAGAGUUCCUAUUUCACUUUUCAACUGGCCUGCACACAUGGCCACUGUCCGCCCCAAUACUCUCUUAAACAUGACUGUACCCUCCAUCUGUCAUGGUUCCUGCUGCAAACAAACACAGAAAAAACACUCCUUAAAUUCCCUUGUGGAAGACUACUGAUUAAUUGUCAUGGCCACACAUUUUGCUUGUUUUUCAAGCAAAUAAGUGGUUUACUUGUGUGAGCGUAAGCAUCAUAUGUCCAGUUUUAUUGUAAGCUAUAGCUGUAAGCCCUGCCCUCCAAUGUCUGUUUUCAAGAGAAGAAUCCUGACAACUCAACUAGUCAACUAGAUGAAUAUUGAAUGUCUAUGAACAAGGAACAUUUGUGUCUCGUGGCAAUUCUACACGACCCUGGUCAUUUUUGCAUUUGAUUUUUCACUUUAUCAUGGUUACUUUUUUGAGAGAGAAAUGACAAGGUUUGCAUCUAAGUGGCUGACAAACUACAUUAGCUGAUUCAUUGAAUACCAAAAACAACCUUUUGGGUUAAGAGCUGUAGUUGACCAUCAUGUCUCUACCAAGAGUAGUGUCUGUAAUGAAUUUGCACAUUUAGAUCACUUGAUGACUGCUUUCUUUUGUUUCAUGACCUUCUAUUGUCUGAUAUUGCUAACUAACACAUCAGUUCAGUUUGUUCUAGUCUUUUAUCCCUCAAAGUUUGCACAUAUCGAAAGACUGAUGGGUAUGGUUUCAUGGCUGUGAAACGGUCUUCUGUAUAAUAUGAAAUUAUAAUUAUUUAUUUUGAAUUUAAAUUGUAUAAAAGUUCAACGUUUUUUGUCUAAUAUGACAAAGAUGUAUUGAGUAGCCUACAUUGUGUCUUUGGCCUAAAGUAUGGGGAUGAAAAUUGUGAUCAAGCCUUGAUCUCAGAAAUGACUUUGCCCAUUCCACUACAAAAUCAAUUAAAAAUUGAGUACCUUUUUCUCACA